CAGCUGGCAGCAAACAAACAAAAAAAAUAAUAAAAUCAGAAAAAACAACGUAGAUUGCAACAAAAGAAAGAAAAAAGUGAAAACAUUUUUGCUAAAAAAAAUUCGCUAGCCGAAAAAAUGCAAUUAAAAUCAUAAACCAUAGGAAAUAAACAAAUUCAUUUUUGUACAACAACAUGGAUAAAACUAAUAUUGUGAAUACAUUUACCGAGGUGGUGGAUCAAUUGCGAAAUACAGAAUGCAGCCAAAAAGAGAAAAUUGCCUGCUUCCAACGCAUUUCGGAAUGUAUCAUAUCACCGGUGAUGGCGGCACACCUCAAUUAUGCCACGUUCUGCAGCAAAGCUGUAAAUAUUCUUUUGCUUUUCUGUGAGGAUUUGGAUUCAGUGGUACGCAUUAGUGCCGAAGAGAAUUUGAAUAAAAUAUUUCGUGUUUUGGAAAAGACUAAGGUUAGUCGUAUAUUGAUGGAUUUAUAUGGCGAAAUAAAGAGGAAUGGUAAUCAGAGAUCUCUUCGCAUUUGUUUGCGUAUCUUUGGUUACUAUGCACCACAAAUACGUGAACAUAAUGUUCUGUGGUAUGCCCAGAAUUUGUUGCCCUGUUUGAAAGUCAUCAGUAAGCGCAAAGAAACUUUAUUGCAAGAAACUCUAAGUGAGUUUGUAUUGAAAUUUGGCAAACAUAUACAACAAGGAUUAACGGAUAGUGAGACAUGUAAAUUAUUUGAGGUUUUCAUAGAAAAUAUUGGCUCUGAAUGUGCUGUUAAAAGAAGAUGUACAGCACAGAAUUGCAUAAAUUUAAUCGAACAUGCCUGCAAUAAAUCUUUAAUGGCCAAAUAUGCUCUUAAUAAAGUUAUAGAAAUUUUACUCCGUGACCAUGAAACCAAUACCAUAAUUGGUAUCUUAGGUUUUCUACGUCAACUAGUGGUUAUAAUUAUCAAAGGUUACUCUUGGGAUGUCAAUGAUAAUGAGGAUACUUUCUCAUCCCAUAAAUCAACAAAUUUAACAAAUUCCGAAGAAGCUCGACAAAUGCUGGAAAUUUAUGAUUAUUGUUUAUAUUUGGUUAGCUCCACACCCUUAACACAACAUUCCAUUAUUAAUGCUGCUUUAGAAGUUAUUAACUCUAUGCUGCAAUCCCUAGAGGGUUUAAACAGUAGAGACAAGAAAAAUAAUCCUCAUUUAGCUCCUUUACUUUUACAACUUAUGAAUGAUAAAAACUUAAAACAUGUUAACUAUCUAAGACAUAGGGGAACUAUUAAGCAACAAAUAUUUAAUUUGCAAUGUUUUGAAGAUGACUAUAGGAAAGGGUCUGAUAAAACUGAAGAGCAACAAGAUCCAACGACAUCACAAACAUCUAGUGAUAUUAUAUUACAACCACAAAAUACAACAUCAAACACUACAACAAAAUCCACAGGAGCAGGAAUACUGUCUUCGCAUCAACAACUAAAAAGACAUACAGCACGCAGUAUUAGUGAAUGUGUUGAUAUUGAUUAUGUAGAUGAGCAACAAGAUGACAAUGCUGAUGACGGCGUCGCCAACAACGAAGACGACAACGAUGACGAUGAGGAUGAUUUUACAACAUUGUCUGAAAUGAAUGAGUCCCAACAUACACAUGCAUCCUCAUCUUUGUUAACAUCAGCAAACAUUGAAUUUACCACAAAAACAAACUCCUCUUCGUCGGUUUUAAUCAAUGAAACUAUUUCCGGUCAUGGUGUGGUAGUAAAAGCAAUAGAAAAGCGGCCAGACCAUCAGAGCACAAUAGAUGAUGCACAAAAUUUGCUGGUGAAUUUUUCUUCAUCCUCCGAUGAUGAAAAAUCAAAUCAAUUGUACAAUACUGACGACAAUGAAUCUAUCAAUAGUAUUGAAUCGAAAGCAGAAAUCUCAAGAGGUUUAGUUGUUGAAGGCAGCAACAGCAGCAGUAUGGGUAAAAUACAUACAUCCACUGAAGAUAGUGUUGGUGAUGUUGAUGGCAAUGCCAAUGCCAAUACCACCAUCAAUACAAAAUCAAAUAAUGAUGCCUUUACCUCGUUCUUUAAUAACUUUAAUGCAGCAUCUGAAUCAGUUACAAAACUCUUUCGUCCCUCUGCAAAAAAUGUGGCACAACCUGCAGCCAAUUCUAGCUCUUCUACAACAAUAGAUUCUGUUUCAUUGGUUUCGAAUACCAGUCCACUUAAGAGUGCGGACGCUGAAAUUAUUGAAGUUAUUGAUGAAUCAUCACCUGAUACUAGUAAAACUUUUCCCACACCUUCAACAGCCAUUAUGGGUGAAAUACGUUCACUUGAUUCUGUUGAUUCUUCUGUAUCGACAAAAGAUAUAAAAUCAAAAGUAGCUGAAGAGAAAAAUUUUACUCCUAAGAGGAUUGUCAAAAAUCCUUUUCUAACAUCCCCCCAACAAGAAAAAGGUUCAACUAAUCAACUUCAACUUAGUGUGGAUAUUGGCUCCAUCUACGAACAAUCUUUAAUCUACUAUACUGCACGUUUAAUAUCGGCCAGAUUUUUAUUAACCGGUAGUCCAAGUGGUCUCUACGAUGACACUACUGUACGAGUAUCCAUUAAAAGUGUCUGCCUAAAUGUAAUGGGCCAAUGUGUACGUUUGUGUCCAGAAGUUUUAGAAAUUUCUUUAAAAUUUAUGGAAUUUGAAAAACCUAAAGAAAAACUUAACGAAAAACCCUCAACAGAUAUAAGUGAGUCCAAUAGCCCACUACAAAUACCAAGUGACAACAGUUCCAAUAUAGGACAAGAUUAUGAACAUUUAGAAGUGGUUACCGAAGCGCCCAGAAAGUCUUCCUUUUCUCAACUAGAUGUUUUUCGCAUGGAUGAUAAUGAGACUCCUUUAUUGGAAAUAAUCGAUGAUUAUUUUGGUAAAAGUUCGACAGACUUUAAUUUUAGCCAACCGGCUCCGAAAAUGACCCAAAGUGCCGAUCCUGUUUUAUUUACCAAAACCGAAGAACGUUUAAAAAAGUCACCUUUAUUGAAAAUUAAAAAGGACUUAACCACUUCGGAAAUUAUUUCCUCAGAUACUAAACUAAAAGGUUUUGUAGAAAUUACCAAAGCUGAAGAAGAUAUGCCACCAACAGAUAUGGCUCCUCCAAAGCCUCCAAAGCGCACCAAAACUAUACGAAAAUCCAAACAAGAAGCAGAAUUAACAAAACAAAAUUUAAAUAAAAACUACACAAAUGCUAAACAAUUUCUCUAUGAAAUUUUAUUCUAUUAUAAACAUGAAGAUCCUAUUUUACGUGCCGGUGUACAAAUCAUAAUUGGUCACUAUUUGCGUUCUACACAAGCUGGUCUGUGUAUGAAUUCUUCUAUAAAUUUACAAUAUUUAUUGGCCAUAUUGUGCAUGGGUCUACAAGAUGAAAUUCAUACUGUUGUCAUACAAGCUUUAAACACAUUUGAUAAAAUAUUUCCAUAUGUGAUUUUUAAGUACAUGUCAGCAACAUCGUCAUCGUCAUCAUCAUCAUCAUCAUCAUCUUCAUGUCAUAAUGGUCAACAUAAAAAGAAAGAAACUGGCAAAAACAGCAAUAAUAAACAACAGCAAAACUUCUCGAAAGAUGAGAAUUCAUGCAGAAAUGCCUCUACAAUAAAACAGACAAAAAUAACGGGAACGUAUGGUACGGCUGCAGCCACUGGAAGUACAAACUUUAAGUGUAUUUCGGGGCACUUUAACGAUAAUGAUGAGAUUAUAGUUGCGCUUUUGAAUGCUUUUCAAUUGCAAACAAAAUUUAACAACGACUACAACAUCACUACUAGCAAUACCAACAACAAUUCACAAACCAAUAACAUUAAUACGGCCAGUAGUGUUGAUGGUUGCGGUGGUUUUGUUUGUGGUCGUAUAGUAGAUGAUGGUGAUAGCAAUUUUAUCUCAUACCAAUUUCCUUUAUCUUCAGUACAUCAACAUAAAGUUAAUACACAUGAAAGUAAAAUGUUGUCUUCACUUGCCCGAUCUCCUUAUUGCUGUGGCAACAACCACAACUUACUUUUCAUAUCACCAAAAUUGCUAUUGAAUAAACUACGUCUAUGUCACUACAACAAAUAUUGGUUGGUCCAAAAUAAAUAUGCCGAAGUUAUUUCGAAUUUAAAUUAUGCUUCACUACGUUCUUAUUACGGAAAUAACUAUACCAACAAUAUGAACACUAAAAACCACAAUGGAUGGGGUAUUAGUAAAUGCAAUUGCUGUUGCUCAUCCUCAGCUAUGAAUUCUUCUGAUUCGUCUUCUUCUUCAACGGCAUGUACCAGCUGUCAGUUAUGUUGCUGCUGUUGUAGUGGUGUUGUCUGUUUAAAUGGUCAUGUAGACGAUGUUGAUAAUGCUGAUUUUGUCUGCAACUUAGAGAAUUCAUUUAUCGAUGAACUUUUGCAAUUGAUUGGCGAAGAUGAUGUACGUGUUAGAGAACAUGCCUCAAAAUGUUUAUGCAACUUUAUUUUACAAAAUGCCAAACAUACGAGCCAGCAACAACAACAGCAGCAGCAACAACAACAACCGAAACAAACACAAAAAAAUAAAAUAAAUUUUGACUAUAAUAAUGACAAAGAUGCUCUACAUAAAACUUAUAUACAAAAUCUAAAAUUAUUGAUAAACUUUUUAGACUAUAGUAUCUUUAAUGACAUGUCACCCGCACUGCGUUGCUUAUUAAAUCCCCGACGAGAACAACAAACAGAUAUCUUUACAACUUUGGAUGGCUCAUCAGCAGCUUCAUCAACAAACAACUACUACUCCUCGUCCUCCUCAUCAACAUUUAAUAUGGAUUUACCAAAGAGAGAACAAAUUGAAACUGUUUUAGCCAAAGUUUUAUAUCGUCUAACAAAUAGAUUAAUGUCAUUGAAAGAUAAAAAUAUGCAGUUUGGCAAUAUUUUAUGUACGAAAUAUUUACUUACGUAUUUUUCAUUUGCUGAUUAUUCUUGUGCUUGGACCGAGUUUAACUUUAUGGAAAUCUUCGUCAAAUUAUCACAGUAUAAUUAUAACACAGCAGUCGACUUAACAUGUCAAAGUGAUUUGAUUGAUGUCAGCAGUAAAUUAAUAGUUGGUUCCUUAAUCUUUCAACCAGAUGUCCAUGCCAAUCGUGACACCAAUUUGAGUCUACUUAAACAUACAAUAAAAAUUAUAAACAUUUAUUAUCAUAUUUUCACAAAUCAAAAGCCUUUAAUUAUGGCUAAAAGCCAAAAAGUUGAUCUUUUUAGCAACGCCAAAGAAUUGGCCAUAACACAAAGUAUUGGCUAUUUUGGCAAUGAAUAUGUCUACAUAAAACUUUAUCAAACAUUAAAAAGUGCCUACGAUAACUAUAAGAUUACCAUUAAUGAGGAAGCUGGCAGCAAAUUAAUUUCCCUUUUAAAAACAUGUUUGAACUCAAUGAGUGCAUGCAUCGAAAUGUUGCCUCAUGAGGCAGCAGCUAUUGCUUACAGUGUUGGCGGCAAUGGUGGUAGCGGUGGUGGAAGUAAUGUUGCCAAAAAUGCAACGGAUGUAAAUGCUGUAUUGUUUCCAAAUGCAAUGCCAGCCGGAGGAGCAUCUAUGGCAGCAGCAACAACAAUGGCAGCAUCAGGAGUUUCUGCUACUGUUUGCAAUUCGGUAUUGAAAUUAAUUGAAGAAACUCUUCAGUACUUGACCAAAGUCAUAAAUUAUGCACCAGAAGAGAGUAUAGCAUGUCUGCGACAACUGUUGAAAUAUUUGUUUGCUAGAAAUUAUGGCAAUAUGCAACAACAAUACAAACCAGCCCAUUAUACCACGACAAAAACAAAAACACCAAGAACAACAUUUGUAAAAACCUACUUUAAGGCCAAAUGCAAAGAGCUACAUUGCAUUAGCAAAGAUGAUGUUUGUACAUCCCACAAACAACAAACAAAUCAACCAACAUCACCAUCAUCUCCUUCACUGUUUGCAAAUGUUUCCCAACAACAAUCUACAACAAUUAUACCACCAGCAGUACAAUUAUCAACGAACGAAGCUUCCGUUUGCAUGAUAUGUUCUACAUCUCUUAAUAGUUCUGGCCUCAGAGACGACGUUGCUGCUGCUAAUGUUUAUGUUGGUUCUACUGGCAUUGUUGUUGCUGGCUCACAAGAUGAUUAUCUAUUGUUGGCUGAACUAUUUGCAAGUGGUUUAGAAUUUAACACUUGGAAAUCAGAGCAUGAGCUAGAGUUAUCUAAACAUAUAAAACUCUUUGAGCCAUUGGUCAUAUAUUGUUUAACUCUUUUUCUUAAAUGCAAUGGUCGAGUUCAGUCUCAGAUUUUAGAAUUAUUAGUUCUUUUAUUGGAUUUUAAUAUUACCUAUAGUAUAUUGGAUUCGAAGAAUGUGAUAUUUGACAAUAUUAUUAAAAGCUUGGAUAUAAUCGAAAGUGGUAUAGCACGUAACGGUCUCUUUAUGAUUACACCCAUCAUUAAGUUCCUUAUUAAAUUAUCUUCGAAAAGUGAACGGAAUUUAAUAACAAUACCAAAAAUAAUAAGUAUUAUUAAUAAUUUAUUAGCCAACUAUAAUAUCAGAGAUGUUGCUGUACAAGCUUUAAAAACUUUAUCUUAUGAAAUGUUUUUAAUGACACAACACCAGCAACGACAACAACAAUCCACAACAUCACCCAAAGAAGCACAAUUUGACCCAAAUUCAUUGGCCGCUAUAACAGAAAAUCUUUUAACACUCAACAACGAACUUGACACACAAAAAGAAGUCAUUCUGGGAAUGUUGGAGAAAUUCAUUGAAUCCAAUGAUUGCCAACAAGUGCUCAGUUUACUAUUGCUAAUUGAGCAAUUGCAACAACAAUAUGAACAAUAUAAAAUGUUAAAUGAUGCCAAUAAAACAACAACAGAAACUGCAACAAUUAUGGUUGAUACACUAGCUAGAAGUUAUGAAGACAACAAACAACAACAGCAACAAUCACAUACAACAUGUUUGCCAAAUCUUGAUACUGUUUGUAGUAUGAUAUGUCAUUCAAUAUGCUUAAAUCGUUUAUAUAUACAAGAUUGGAAUGAUUAUUAUAUGUUGGAUACAUUUUUCAAAAAUAAUACCAAAUAUUUGUUGGGUAAUAGCAAGGAGUUUAUGUCAUUGUUUAAAUAUACUGUUGAAGGGGAUGUUGCAAACUUUAGUGAUUUAUCGUAUGCAACGAUUAUCCUGUCGAAUGUAAUCCUCAAAACCGAGGAAAUUUAUUUAGUAAAUCACAUUAAAGCUCUAUUUGAAAAAUCACCCAACAAUAGUGGAAAAGUUAAGGCAAAGCAACAGAAGCAAAACCACGAAAAUCCUGCUGAUGCGUUGUCGUCUUCAUCGUCAACGUCACAUUCUUGGCUAUUGGAUACCAAACCAACAACAUCAAAAGCUGCUGCAGCUCAGGCCAUAGCUUUGCAGCAAACACUAACAAACAAUUCAAGUACUAUAAAUGAAAUUAACUAUUUUGCUACAGUUUUGUGCGAUGUUCUUCUUGAGUGUCUUCAUACCAUACUCUCUGACCAUCAACAUUCAACAACGCGAAACAAGCAGCAGCAUGAUGCGAAUACGACCUGCCCCUCCUCCACUUACAGCCAACAGUUUGCCAUACAGUAUUGUCGUCUAGUAUGUCAAUUUGUUAAAGUUUUGCAUCAACUAUGUUUCAACUCACGUCUAGAGGAUUCUUUACUCGCCUCAAUACGUUUCACUUUAAAUGCUUGUGAAUCAAAAUUGUUAAAUGAAUACUAUAAUUUGUUGAUGAUGUACUCAACACAAGGUUGUCCAACAUCCACAGCAACAACAACAACAACAUCAGCAACUACUUCAACUUUCACAGCAGCAACUACUUCUAUGACAACUUUGCCCGAAUUGGAUGUGGAUAAUACGUUAUUACAAUUGCAACUGGAAUUGUAUAAUUUAUUAAAUGAUCUCGGUAUAUUGGAUCCGUUGGCAUUGCUGCAGCGUUUACAAUUGGAUGACAUAAGUAAUCAUGUAAGGCGGGCACUUUUGAAUAAAGUUUGUCAUCAGAGCAAUCCAAAUCCUAUUAAAUGGAAUCAGCAACAAGUGCAACAGUUAUUCAAUGGAAAUUUUCUAAAUAUUUUAAUUAUUGAAGAAUUUGCAUUCAUGUGCUAUUUAUGUGAAGUGGAUGAAGAAAAUUGCUCAUUAUUUCAAACAAUGGCAUUGAAAAAUAUCAAAGUGUUCAAUAAGCAUUCAAUUGUUUGCCUAUUACGUUUAGUGGAAUAUCUUUGCAAGCAAAGCGCCGUCGUUUAUUCAAGUUUAUGUUUUGCAAGAUUUUUACAAAUUUUAAAUAAAUUACAUAAACUAUUGGCAUGCGAAGCAACAACGUUAGCAAACUUUUCAUCUAUAGCAUCCAAUAGGCCACUUCAAUUACAAAUCGAGCGCUUAGCUAGACAUUUAAUCGUUGAUGCUUCUUCAAUGCACGAUAAAAAUGCCAUUUACGAUACAUUUAUAUGUUUAACGGAAGAGGAAGAUGCUGAUGAACAUCAACAUAACACAGACGUUCCAGGAAUAUCGACAUCGUCGACGUCAUCAUCAACAUCAUCAUACUUAAGCGAACAACUGCAAUUUAUAAUUUUAAAUGAUUUGGAAAAUUCUUGUGAAAUUCGAGACGAUGAUAUUAAUGCUCCUUUGGGAAGUGUUUCUAAUAUUGUAGACGAGAAAUGGAUAUUUAAUCAGUUAAUUAAAUUCUCAGCACAAAACAACUAUGAUCCACAGCAAAUAGUGAAAAUCCUUCUAGAGAUACAAUCGGAAAAUAAGCUACAAAAGAUAUUCAAUAAUGGCAGUUUUGAUGCAACGCGUAUAUUAAGGCAUUCAAUUGCCAGCUCACUACAGGCAAUGUUGCAAACAUUUCGCAACAAUUGUAUACAAUAUAAUCCACAUAUACACUACAUGCAACCGAAUCCAUUAGCGCGUGUUGCACUAACACAGCUUAUGACACGUAUUGUGGAAAUGAUGCGACGACAGGAGCAGGCGUUUCAAACUGUAGGUGGUGGCGGUGGUAAACAGCAACAAACUAACAACAAUAAUAAUAGUACAGACAAUAAUAAACAACAAGCAACAGUUGUUAAAGGCAGCAGUAGCAGCAAUAGUAGUACUAGUAGUAAUUUUAGCCAUGUUGUUGUUGAUAGAAAUAAUACCAUCAUUGGUGAUGUUGACAGUGGUAUUGGUAGUGGUGUCAAUGUCGGUAUCGGUAUUGGCAUUGGUAUUCCUAAUGUUAUUGGUGCUACAAAUAAUGAUGGCAUUCUUUUACCCAUUACGAGCAAGGAUGACACCAUCAAUACCACCAUACAUUUGUGUGAAGCUGUAAUCGCAUUAAUGGAAAACAUUAAACAAAUUGAGGUGACAGCACUAAUUUACAUCGAAUCGAAAUUCAUUGAUAAAUUCUUAAGUGAACACUUGUUGCGACCGGAACAUGUAAUAACACUAGUGCGAUUCAUGGGCUGCUGUUGUCAAUGUAUUAAAGGCAUACUUAAUAGGCCUUCGCUAGUGUCACUAACCCAUGAAGAAAGGAAUUGUAUAACCGUGUCUCUACAAUGCAUUGAUAUAUUGCUACAUCAAAAAUUCAUUUGGUAUGCACUCAACCAACAACAACAAAAUCAGCAGCAAACAUUGGGUAAAAGCAUGCCAGCAACAUCAAGUGUGGGUGGUGGGUUGGUUAGUGGCACCACCACUAACAGCACAACUGUUACGGAUUCAAUUGAUUCAUGUUUGCCACUGACAAAGUGUGAACUAAAUAAAAUUAUUUGUUUACUCCUUGAUGUUGUUGUUUUGUCGGGCUCUUUGUUAUUGGAAAAUACUAUAUUCUAUAGGAAAUAUAAAAAUGCUUUGAGGUCUUCAGCGAAAUGUUCAAAUAAACAGCAACAACAACAACAAGACCACGAACAUGAACAUGGAGAGCAUCUAAAGAAGAAAAAGUUUCCAAAUGAAGCUUGGCUAACGGCAGAAUACAAUCCAAAAGUUAUAUUUCUUGGAAAAUUAAUUGAAUCUAAAAUUGGCAACAACGAUAAAGGCAUUUGUUUUGGUGGUGGUGAAUACAAUGGUGGCAUAACAUCAUCCAGCUUGUCUGCUUUUGCUUUAUCAAACAUUGAUGUUUUAGACCUCAAAGGCAUAAAUAACCAGUUUGAUUUUAUAUCAUUGAAUACUUUGUUAUCAAUUUCAAUUUCAUCUUUAAGAUUUAAUCUGUUCUAUGCUUUGGCUGUAACACCAUAUGAAAUUAUACAACAGCAACAACGUUUAUUGGCCUGUCAGAGCACAACUACAUCACCAACAACAUCUCCUUCACAUAAAAGUCAAUCAGGCACAUCAGCUGGAGCAUCCACAUCUACAUCAACAGCAGCAACUACCAACAGCAAUUCGAUGUUGCCAAUUAUACCCAUCGAAAGCCUUAGUGAUGUCGAUAUUUUGAAAAGUUUUGUUAAAAGAUUGUCAAUUUUUGGUUUUACAACACGUCAACAAUUUGAGGAAUAUUUUAUGACAUUUUUACUUCUAAUCAAUAAAGUUUAUGACGAAAAUAUGGUGGACCAGCAAGAACAAUAUCAAAUACGUAGUAUUUGUUUGGAAGCUAUUAUGGAACUUUUAAUUACGUACAAAACUUUUCCAAUUGUGGGCAAUAAACUUUCACUGUAUCAUCAUACAACUCGUUGGAAUCGUAUUAAUUGUGAUAGCAUAAGCCUCAAAAAACUUCAUGAAAUUCAACUUAUUAUUUCACCAUCAAAUGUCUUCUAUCACAGCAAUUUGGAACGCAAUCUUGUCUCUGAUUCAGUAAUUGGUACUCAAUAUUUUGCAGCAAAUCAAUUUGAUUUGAAUUUCAUUUGGCAACAAAUGGAAAAUUCAUCAUCGCCCUCGUCCUCUUCGCAAAACUCGUCCAUUGAUGAAAGCGAUUCAUUGUCAUUGGCUGGUGGUGGCGGUGAGGAAAGUUCAACAUCAAAAACUUCAACGGCAACGAAACAUUUGUGUGGCGUUGCUGCAAAUACAGCGUAUAGAAAUUAUCAAUAUUUUACAAAACAAUCUGGUGUCGAUUAUAAAAGUAGUUCACAACUAAUAUUUGAUGUUCUUAUGCAAAUGAUUGAGCAAAACCACAUUUUAAUACUACCAAAUUUAGUGAAAUUCACUGAAAUUUGCGAAAAUCGUGAACAGAUUAAACAAAUCUGGGAAAAGGCUGACUAUUUAAAGUCUCACAUACCGAUGGACGAUACGAUCUCACAUCAACAUUUAAUCUAUUUGCUGUGCAAGACUAAAGGCAUGUUAAUACCCUCCCAUUUGGAGAUGUUAAAUUUGGAAGCUUUAAUUAAAAAUUACUUAAAAUCAUCACAUCUUUUUAUAAGAUGUGCUGCCCUCAAUGGGCUGUUAAGUCUAUUGGAAAGUUAUGCAAAGACCAGUACAACAAUUGGCAAAUUAAGUGAUGAGUUGGUGAGAUUGAAGGAUAUUGUUUUGGCAUACAUCGAUAAACAUGGUUUAAUUGAAGAAAGCCCCUUAAUAUGUAGUGAUGUACAUACAAAAUUAAUAUGGACUUUAAACUAUUGUUUAAUGGAAUGGACUUCAAAACUAGAUCCUCAAUGCAAUUUAGCUUAUCAUACUAAAUUGAGUGUAAUGAAAUUAUUGAAAAAUUCCAGCAAUGAACAAGUCUACCUCUGUUGUUUGCAUGGUUUGGAACGUAUGAUUGUCCUUGAUAAUAAAGUUAGCAGCAAUAGUAGCACCGGUAGUAGUGGUGUCGCCACCAUCAGCCAUGGUGCAGACAAUCAAAACCAAAUGUUGCGGCCCUGCAUCGAAAAACUUGCUCUUGAAUUGGCUAAAUUGGAAAACGAAAAGUUUUCAAUUCCCGCUUUGAAAUUACUAUUGUCCUGCAUUUAUGUGGGUUCGGCAAAACAAUUGGAAAAUACAGAAUUAAGUAAUGGCAUUGUACAAGACGACCCGGAGAUAAUCGCCCAACAAACUGAUAAAGUUGAUAUUUUGCUGCAAUGCAUUAAAACCGCAACUGAAGAAGCGGCUUGGAUUUAUGGGCAAGUAUUGUGCCAAAUGAUACGUGAUUUAGUGCCACCUAAAGAAAUAUUGACGAAGGUCAUAAAGGAGUUCUUAGCAAUAAAUCAACCACACAGCGAUGUUAUUGCCAUGAUUGUAUUUCAGGUUUUCCGCUCGGCCAUUGAUUCUUCAUUUUUACAACAAUUACAAGAUUGGCUCACCUGCUCAUUGCCCACGUUUUUAGCGUUGCCCGAACAGAAAGCAGUCUGGAGUCUGAGUGUUGUAUUUCUUUCGGCUUCUAUAAAUCUUCAUUUAAUGAAACUAUUUCCGUUGCUGUUGAGUGGCAUACCAACACCAACAACAUCUGUAACAGUAACAACAACGACAGCAGCAGCAGCAACUAGUAAAACACCAACAACAUCAUCAGCAAAUAAUACAAGAAUGAAUUGUGAAAAAUUGGGUCAUCACGAAAUUGCAUUGUUCGUGACAUCUGCUCAGGAUUUCUAUGCAAAAUUGGGCAAUGAACAAAAAGUACGUUUUCGCGAUGCCUUCAAGGAAUUUCAUCAUAUUAAAGUCUACAACAAGAUGUUACAAAGUCUAUAACAACACUAACAACAGCUAAAAAUUAUCAACAUCACCAUCACCACCCAAAAGCAGAAAAAAAACUCAACAUAAUGAAAAAUUAUAAUGUAUGGGUAUACUUACUUACGCGAUAUUUAUGUAAAUUGUGUGUGAGUGUUACUAUGGUCCUGUGGAAAAAGAAAAUGUUAAUGUUUUUAACUUAAAUUCUGUUCGAACAUUUUUUAAAAAAACAGGAAUUUUCUACAAAAAUAAGAAAUUUUUAAAAAUUUAAUAUUAAAAGGAAAUUUUUCGAAUAAAAUUUCUAUAAAAAGAAUGUUUU